CACGGAAAUUUGCGAGUAGGUUUGUUAUUGUUGUGACGAUCAACAUGAAUUUUCAACAAAGAGACUGAUUUAACCACAAAAUAUCCUUUAUAUAGCAAAUUUCCACUCCUUAAUAAAUUGAAUAUCAAAGAUUAGUAGUUCAACAACAUGUUUACUGGAACAAAAGAGAAAAAUGAGCAUGAUUUUUGAAGAUUUCAGAACAAAAUUUGGACGUCUGCUGCUUCGAUUUUUGACUGAUUUUUAGUCGAUUUUUGUUCUUGAAUAUUUUACGGUUUCUUGAAUUAUGGAUUUCAUGUUUGAUUGGGACAAUGAUGUUGAUAGGUUCUCCUUCGAUGAUAGUGAGCGUUUUGAGGAAGAGUCCAUGUGCUCUUGGCUAAGUGAAACUGAAAGUUUAAAUAACAAUUGGAGGGGAUGGAAACGUCAAAAUGGUGGACAGACAAGUCCAUCCUUUUCAAAAUCGCAAGAAGGUCACCCAGUAAUGUCAUUGGUAGAGCUUGCUUCUCAGACUGUGGCAUGUAAUAUCCCCUAUGGCGUGGUAGAGAAAUACCCCCAGCCCAUACCAGAACCACUUCAGCUUAGAAUCACAUACUGGAGCUUCCCAGAUAGCGAGGAAGAUAUCAGGCUUUACUCUUGCCUAGCAAAUGGCAGUGCAGAGGAGUUUCAGAAAGGAGAUCAUUUAUACAAGGGGAAGGCUGUCAAAAAAGCCUUGCAAAUUGGAUUUCACCUCAGUGCAACUGUUGAUCCACCCCACAACUUGCCACAGCAAAAAGGAAGUUAUAAAGUGGCAAUACUGUUUGACAGAAGAAGGAUCACUCAGUGCACAUGUACUUGCAACAGCAAUGCAUUCUGGUGUUCCCAUGUUGUAGCUGUCUGUCUCUUCAGGAUUCACCAGUGCUCGUCAGUAACACAGCGUGUACCAGUGUCUGAAAGUCUGGCACAGUUGCAGAGAGAUCAGUUGCAGAAAUUUGCCCAAUAUCUUAUUGUUGAAAUGCCAAAAGAGAUUCUUCCAAUAGCCCAAGAAUUGCUUGACAAGCUUAUAUCAUCCAAAGAGUGUGAAAUGAACACAAUAAGUGGUGCUCCAGACCCAACUGCUGGGCCAGAAGCCAAUGAGGAGACUUCAUGGUGUCUUGAUGAGAAACAACUUCAUGAAAAUGUGAAGAAAACAUUAGUCAAGUUUUGUGUACCUUCUCCAGUUGUUUUCAGUGAUGUAAAUUUCCUGACACAGACAGCACCACCAGCAGCUGCUGAAUGGCAAAGUUUGUUACGGCCUCUGAGGGGACGUGAACCUGAAGGCAUGUGGAACUUGCUGUCUAUUGCACGAGAAAUGUUCAGAAGAAGUGACCAUAAUGCCCUGCCACUCCUGGAAAUCAUUACAGAUGAGGUUCUCCAAUGUGAACAGAUUUUGAUAUGGUGGUUUAUGACGAAGAUUUCAAACAAUAACAACAAUCAGAUCAGUUCAAGGUCAAGUAGUAACAGCAGUGCAAGUAUUACACAGCAUGCAGCUUCUAGUCUAUGUGACGAAAUAGUCAACCUAUGGAAAUUGGCUGCCCUUAAUCCUAAACUCAGUCCAUCUCAGAAAGAUGACAUGUGUGCAAAGUUUAAAGAAUGGCAUAUAUCUACUGUUGACAAAGUGAAACGAGCUCGGAACAGUAAUUCAGGAAGUAGUGGUGGCACAUUAAAGAAGUCUGAAAUAGAGAAUUUUAGUGGAUUUAAACCUGGAAUAGAAGCUUGUAUAUUACAGUGGAAUGAUUAUCAUAUACCUGGUGUGACAUACUCUGACUCUCAGAUGUUCUCUUGUUUGAGAUAUAGGUUUAAUAGAAACUUAGAUCCUGAUGCCAAAAAACCAUCAAGGAUACAGCCAAUGGCUGUAUGCUCUGAAAAUCUAAUAAGCACAGAUGACAUGACAACACUAGCUCAGGCAACAAAUAUGUUAAAUGAACAUCAUUCCCCACAAGAAAUGAAAAACAAGCGACAUCGUCACCCAAGUAGGCCAGGUCAGGGUCACAAUAAUGACGGUGCCAUGAGCUCUGGUUCAGAGGGUUUCUGUGAACCGGAGAGAGGUAGCUCUUUGUUCCGAGAUUCAGAUUCCGGGUCUGAAAUGAAAGAACACACAUCAAGAAGUAACUCUUUAGAAGAUGCUGAAUCUUUUGGAUUAUUUAAUCCCAGUAGUAGGGAAUCAAAACAAAACAAUAAUAGUAAAAUUGAUAAUCAAAAUAAUGAUGUUGACUGUUUUAUGGAGUUAGCUGCACAAGGAAGAAAUGAUGAAGUGCAACCCUCAACAUCUGGCUUAUCAGUAGCUAGUGCUGGGGCGAGUGUAAAUGCUGAGCAAUCCUCUGAGUCACAAAUGUCUGGAGAUGAAUAUUCUAUGUAUUUUUAUGAUAGAGCUAAAGCGACCGAGUUAGACAAGAAAAGGAAAGAAAAGAACACUGAAGAACCCAAUUUCUUCGCUGGUGUUAAAUGUCUGGAGAAUAGACAAGAUAUCUUGUUUGCUAGAGCUGAAGCGUUGCAUGCUCAUGGUCAUACAAAAGAGGCCUGUAAGCUAGCUCAGCAGUUAGCUGAGGACCUGCUUCAAAACCCUCCAGAUUUGCUGGCAGAGAGUGCUGCUGUACCUAAUGUGAAAGGAAAGAGAAAGAAGGCAUUGACAAGUAUUACAAUGCUGGCAAGUACAACACUUUCAAAGGCUGCAUUCUUGUGUAGUGUCCUACUUGAGGAACAUGAAACUUGGCAUCUAGCCUUCCAGAUGGGAAUGUUUGUAUUAGAGAUGCCACGACCACCUGCAUCCUGUAAAAGCAUGGAGGUAAAAUUGGCCUACCAGGAGACAGAACUUUUGACAUUGUUGAAGAAAAUCCCACUAGGACCUUUGGAGAUGGCAAUAUUACGUCAGAGGGCAGAUCAACUAAAAGAAGGAACAAUAAAAUCAAGGGGAGAAGCAUUGUUACCUCUCUCUCUUGCCAGCUUUAUAUUUGAUGCUUUUUGUCUUGGAGCAUGUCCCAUGACAUCAUCUCUGUCAUGUAUGUCCCAUCAAGGUGCAUCAGUAUGUAAACAGCCUGGAGAUGAAAAACUUGGUUUUGAUGGAUGUGUUGCCUCCCUUGGAAUGAAAGCAAAUGUAUCUGAAGCUGACCAUCCACUGUUGUGUGAGAGUACUAGAAAACAGAGAGGGGAACUUGCUCUUGCCAUGCUGAUACAUUACAAAGAUGAUGUUGUUAAAUUGAGCAAAAUAAUGGACAAGUUGUUGGACAAAGAAGUACAUCCCUCUUAUAAGGCACCUAGUUUGGUAACAUACCUGACACCUAGAAAUACAGUCACUGUUACACCACCCACUUCAGCUCCCUCUGCUGCAAAUGGUGAGUCUAGAGAUCAUCAUACAAACAGAGGUACAGGGAGACCAUCUGUGUCUGGAGGAACAAGAGCCUCGGAACUUGAUGAGUUCCCUCCAACAGAUGACUUUGAUCCACGACCUGGACCAUCAGGGGCAACUUCUAGCUCAGGUGCAGCAGGAUCAGGAGCCAGACCAAAAACAACAUAUACAUUAACAUAUGGUCAAAGUAGAGACACAGACAGUUCAGCUGUGGAGGAAGAAGGGGACAAUUACAAGGCGUUGGAGGCUAAGUUGAGGUGUAUGGCUUUGAAGAAGAAACCAUCGCAAGGUAUGGCUGCCAUUGACAGUAGUGCCCCUGAAACAACUUCAAGUGAUAACUCUCCUACACUAGUACGUCGAGCUUGGGGCAAACAUCAGGGGCCAGGCAGUGAUAGUGGAUCUAGUGGUGAUAGUGACUCUCUAGGAUCAUCUAGUUCAGGGGAUAAGGGAGACUUGAGAGCAAAAAUCAGGGAUGAAAGUCCUGUUGGUCAACUAAAUCAAAGAAUUGCUGCAACAUCUCAGUUUAUCUUAGAUUCGAGAAGCUCAACACCGAAUCUUAAAGGGAUAAGAUUUAAGGGCAAGAGUAGAAUUAUGCCCACAGUGCCAAACCAGCCUAGUGAAGCAUCUGCACACUGGAUGUGGGAGGUUGCUAAGACAAUAUUAAACAAGGCAGGGGGCAGUAGCUCCACCUCACAGUUUAUUCAGCCGUCCAAUACAAAUCAACCCACUGGUCCACAUCGCAAUUUACAGUUGUGUUCUUUCCAAAUUGGUCUCUAUGCUUUAGGUUUACAGAAUUGUGUGGCUCCUAAUUGGCUCUCCAGGACAUACUCAUCACAUGUUUCAUGGAUUUCAGGACAGGCUAUGGAGAUAGGCAGUGCUGCUAUCCAUAUUUUGAUUGAUACAUGGGAGGGGCACCUGACUCCUCCGGAAGUUGCUUCAUUGGCAGAUAGAGCAUCAAGAGGCCGGGACCAUAACAUUGUUAGAGCUGCUGCUGAACUUGCUUUGUCAUGCUUACCCCAAGCUCAUGCUCUUAACCCAUCUGAAGUUCAAAGAGCAUUGUUCCAGUGUAAGGAACAGAGUAGGGAAAUGCUGGAGAAGGCAUGUUUAGCUGUUGAAAGUGCAGCAAAAGGGGGAGGAGUUUAUCCGGAAGUGUUGUUUCAUGUUGCUAAGAGAUGGUAUGAAUUAUCAGAAGAAGCUGCCAAUCAACCUGGUCAUGAUAACCAGCAUCGGAAUGGAAGGGAGAGCAGACCACAGUCAGCACCUACAGUGCCUGUGGCACCCUCACAGUCUCCUGUUCAAGCUGGAAGCUCGAGUCCUGCAAACUUGCAGGCUGCUCCAUACAGCAACACUCCACCAAAUGCUAAUCAAAUGAAUCAAGUUACUGUAUCAUCAGCUCAGAUAUUCUCACACAAUGGACAGUUAGCUACACAAGCUGUAGUGUUACCUUUUGCCAUUCCACCAGUCCCACAGCCUAGUCCCCACCAUCAUCACCCCAUGCAACAUCAACAAACGUUUGUACAACCUACAUAUAACAUUGUUCAACAGAUCCAGCCAUUUGUCCCACCAUAUUCACAAUCCAUUCCCAUGCAUGCACAGAACAUUCAUCCAUAUGUGGCGACAUUCACAUACAACAGUCCAAUGCAGUUUAACAACAUCCCACAGUCGGCAUACUCAUCAGGCACUCACUACCGCCAACUUGCCCCGGGACAGCAAGUUCAAGUUUUACCUAGUCAGAACUGUCAGGUUGCUUCUAUUCAGGGAAUUCUAGCGCAACAGGCUCCUUUGCCGUUGCCUCAGCAACCAAAUGAGGAUGUUAAUCAUCUACAUACUUCAGGGACUAAUCCUAUAUUGAAUCCUACACAAGCACAUUAUCUUCAUGCUGCAUUCAGAGUAGGAAUUUUAGCUGUAGAAACUCUUGCAAGAAGAGUACAUGAUGACAGACCACAGACAAAAUAUGCCAGAAACCCACCAAUGGGAGAUGAUGUAAAAUGGCUCCUAAAUAUCUCAAUGAAACUUGGUACAAGUUACCUGCAGCAGUUUACAGCUAGUGUUGUGAAUGCAGUAGUGAGUCCAUUCCUACUGUAUGACAUUGCCAUAGAGGCUGCUCAGGUAUUAGCCAGGAACAACCCUGUAGCUGUACAGAGUCAUCUUAGAUCUGGUAUACUCAACCCACUUGUACAAAAAUGUCUUCAAAUGUUCAUGCAGUGUGCUCAUCAGAGAAUUCAUCAUAUAAAUACAUCAGAAUACGAUGACUUUGUUAGCAUCAUCUGUAGUGCUAGAAAUGUGUUCUACAUUACACCUGGGGGUAUGGUCCAGUUUCAAGAACUGCUACAAAGUUUACGACGAACAAAAUCUUGUAGAAAAGAGCUCUGGCAGAGAAUCAUGAAUGGAUUAGCAACACCUGUUAGUUUAUGACGGAUGUCUGCAGUAGAAAAUUGUUAGGACAUAUAUCUGCUUUGUAUACAUGCUGCUAGAUGUAUUUAUUUGGGUAAUAAAAGGCCAGAAAUAAAGAAAUUAAUGCAUAUUAAGAAAUUAAAAGAUUUGAAAGAGAGUUUAAAGUACAAUGAAUAAACUUGUUUUCCUUUUGUGGAAAUGUAAAUUGUGGGUUAUGACUGGGUUAUUAGGUAUAAAUGGUGUUUUUUGGAUGGAUAAAAGUUAAAAUGAAGAAUAUGAUUUUGAAUGUUCAAAUGUUGAGUAGUGAAGUGAUAUGAAAUUUGCUUCUAAAAUGGAAACAAUUCUAUGUCAGGGUUCAGAUGUAAGGAAAGAAAAUUCUCUAAAAUAAAAAUAAAAAAACUUUAAAAAAAACCCAUAAGGAAUAUUUUGUUUAGUGGUCUAAUUUCAUGAUUUUUUUAUGGCAAAAAAUGAAGAGAUGUAAAUCAACUAAGAUAAUGUGUAGCUCAAAAUAAAAAUAAAUCUCAUUACAAUAUAAUUAUGUUUAUUUUUUCCUAGCUAUCAAUACAUAACUUGACUUUGUUUUUAGCUCACCUGUCACAAAGUGACAGGGUGAGCUUUUGUGAUCGCUUUUCGUCCGGCGUCCGUCCGUCCGUCCGUCGUCCGUCCGUCGUCCGUCCGUAAACUUUUGCUUUAAAUGACAUCUCCUCAUAAACCACUGAGCCAAUUUCAUCCAAACUUCACAGGAAUGUUCCUUUGGUGGUCACCUUUAAAAAUUGUUCAAAGAAUUUUAAUUCCAUGCAGAACUCUGGUUGCCAUGGCAACCGAAAGAAAAAUCUUUAAAUAUCUUCUUUUAAACAACC